AUGCAGUUUCUAAAAGAGAAAAAGAUGAAACAAACCAUUCCCCAACCGAAAAUAGAGGAUGGUGAAGAAGUGACACAUGAAGCUACAAAAGCAGCAGUGAACAGAAGUGUGCACUUAAUUUCAGCUCUACAAUCAAUACAUGGCCACUGGCCAGCUGAGAAUUCUGGCCCUAUGUUUUUUUCUGCUCCUUUGGUCAUGUCUUUAUAUAUCACAGGGCAUCUCAAUACCAUGUUCUCAUCAGAACAUCGCAAAGAAAUUCUCCGUUAUAUUUACUGCCAUCAGAAUGAGGAUGGAGGAUGGGGAUUAUACAUAGGGGGUCACAGCACAAUGUUUUGCACAGCUCUCAACUACAUUUGUAUGCGUUUAUUGGGAGUAGGACCUGAUGGUGGCCUUAAUAAUGCUUGUGAGAGAGGCCGAAAAUGGAUUCUUGAUCGUGGGGGUGUCACUACCAUUUCUUCUUGGGGGAAGACUUGGCUUUCAAUACUCGGUGUUUAUGAAUGGUCAGGUUGCCAACCAAUGCCUCCAGAAUUUUGGCUCUUUCCUUCUUAUUUUCCCAUUCAUCCAGCAAAGAUGUUUUGUUACUGUCGAGUAACGUACAUGCCAAUGUCGUAUUUGUACGGAAGAAAAUUUGUGGGUCCAAUCACACCUCUAAUUUCACAAUUAAGAGAAGAACUCCACAUUGAACCAUAUAAUGAAAUCGAUUGGAGUACAAAGCGGCAUUUAUGUGCAAAGGAAGAUCUUUAUUACCCUCAUACAUGGCUUCAAAUAUUGCUUUGGGAUAGUCUUUACAUAUUUUCAGAGCCUCUCCUUAAUUGUUGGCCCUUUAAUAAGUUACGAGAAAAAGCUCUUAAAGUAACAAUGGAUCUCAUUCAUUAUGAAGACGAAAGUAGUAAAUAUAUUACUAUUGGAUGUGUGGAAAAGCCUUUAUGUAUGCUAGCUUGUUGGGUUGAAGAUCCAAAUGGAAUUCACUUUAAGAAGCAUCUUUCUAGGGUUGAUGACUAUGUUUGGGUUGGAGAAGAUGGAAUAAAGAUGCAGAGCUUUGGAAGUCAAGUUUGGGAUGCUAGUCUGGUUCUCCAAGCUAUGCUUGCUAGCAAUUUAUCUAAUGAAAUUGGACCUACAUUGAUGAAGGGGCAUAGUUUCUUAAAGAACUCACAGGUUAGGGAUGAUCCUCCAGGAGAUUUUAAAAAAAUGUUUAGACACAUUUCUAAAGGAUCAUGGACGUUCUCUGAUCGUGAUCAUGGAUGGCAAGUUUCUGAUUGUACUGCAGAAAGUUUAAAGUGUUGCCUAUAUUUUUCAAUGAUGGCACCUGAAAUGGUAGGUGAGAAAAUGGAAAGAGAGCAUGUCUAUGAUGCUGUCAAUGUUCUUCUAUCUUUACAGAGCAAAAAUGGAGGUUUUUCAGCUUGGGAACCAGUAGGAGGUGGAUUCUGGUGGGAGUGGUUAAAUCCAGUUGAGUUUCUUGAGGAUCUAGUCAAAGAAUAUGAGUAUGUAGAGUGCACUUCAUCUUCAAUCCAAGCACUUGUUCUUUUCAAUAAAUUAUACCCAGAGCAUAGAAAAAAAGAGAUUGAAAUUUGCAUCAGGAAAGCUGCAAAGUUCAUUGAAGAUAUACAAUACUCUGAUGGUUCUUGGUAUGGAAAUUGGGGAAUUUGCUUCAUUUAUGGGACAUGGUUUGCACUAUCAGGUCUUAAAGCUGCUGGGAAGAACUUCGAAAAUUGCUUGGCUAUUAGGAAAGGAGUUGAUUUUUUGCUUAAAACCCAAAGAGAAGAUAGUGGUUGGGGAGAGAGUCACCUUUCUUGUCCCAAUAAGGUAUACACACCCAUCGACGGAAAAGAAUCGAAUUUGGUAAAUACUGCACAGGCUUUGAUGGGUUUAAUUAUUAGUGGUCAGGCUGAGAGGGAUCCUACACCUUUGCAUCGAGCUGCAAAAUUGUUGAUAAAUUCUCAGCUACCAAAUGGUGAUUUUCCCCAGCAGGGACUAGCUGGAGUUUUCAUGAGGAACUGUAUGCUACACUAUGCAUUAUAUAGGAACAUUUUCCCACUGUGGGCUUUGGCUGAGUAUCGCAACCAUGUUUCACCUUCAAAAUAUGUAUCUUUUGAAUAAAAAAAAAAUCUAUAAGAAUAUUAUAUAUAAUAAAAUGUGUGAGUAUUUAGUAUAUUAGUAGUGUAUUUUUUUAUUUCACAUAUAGUCUUAAAAAUUGACAUGUAUUUCGUUUUUUGUAAAUAUUUUUUUUAAUAUUUUACUAUAUCUUAUAGGACACUUGUCAACCUGACAAUGUACCAAAUAAUUUUUCUAAUAAAAUAGUACAAUAUAUAUAAUUUUUACA